AUGCAAAAGGAAGAUUUCUCGUUCGACGUGAAUAAGAUAUGUCGGUUGUGUCUGCAAGAGCUUCAGGAUGGUUCCUUUUUGGAUCUGUUCACGAUAAAUCUCCCCGUAAGCCCGCUGGUUAUGAUUAACCGGUGUACAACGAUAGAGAUCUACGAAAAAGAUGGCUUACCUUCGGGAAUGUGUAACAAUUGCUACUACCAACUAGAAACGGCUUUUGAAUUUCGCAAUCGAUGUGAAUCCUCGGAUCAGAAGCUGCGCGAGUACCAAAAUAUCCCCAAUGGCGAUGGCAAAAAUGAGUUAUUAUUAUCAAUGAACGACCGAACAGGAGAGGGUAGCAAAGAGGAUGAUAUUUAUGCUGCUAUGUCGGAAAUAUUUGGACCGGAAGAGGAAGCCGAACCGUCAAUAAUUACGCCUCACACGUUGGGCAAUUUGCUAGACGAAACUACCAACGAACAGUCGAAAGGUUGCUCAUCGGCCAAACCACAGAAAGUGAAGGUAAAGCGACAAUUCAAGCGAAAAGCCCAACUAGACGAGUUGCUCGAAAAGCACAAGGAAAAGCUAUGGCUGAGUACGAAGGGCAAAAUAAUACACCAGCGACGAAUCCAAUGGAAACGUUUGCAGGGUGGCAAAAAGCAUGACAUUGCGCGUAAGGCUGCUGAAUUGGGAAAGCGGCCAAACAAUGAUGAAGCCAAUUGUUUCGAAUGUACCGUCUGUCAGCAACGAUUUAGUCGUUCCAGUUAUCUACGGCUGCACCAACGGAUACAUAGCAAUGAGCGUAACUUUCAGUGCGAAAUCUGUAGCAAACUGUUCCGCACGUCCAGCAACCUUCACGCGCACCUAAAAACACACACUGAGGAAAGGAAUUAUGUGUGUGGCGUGUGUAAACGAGCGUUUCGGACGUCGAGAGAUUUAGCGAGUCAUAGCGAAACGCACCGCGAAGAGAAAGGCUACGUGUGUCACAUCUGUAACAAAGCGUUUGUGAAGCAAUCGUAUCUGAAUACACACAAAAACACCGUCCACGUGGGGCUGAAGCGGUACCAUUGCCAGGAGUGUGGUAAACAGUUUUCCAACAGCUCCAACCUGAUAGCGCACCGGCGUAUACAUACAGGGGAGAAGCCGUACGAGUGCGGUGAGUGUGAUGCGAAGUUUAACCAAUCGUCCGCCCUGACGCGCCACAUGCGACAGCAACACCGACCAAAGGUCCCGAGCCCGGAACCGGCCCCGAUGGUCGUUGCGCGCGAAAGCGAACCGGAAGAAUUGUCCAUCGAGGUGGAUGAAAAUCGUUCACUUGAAAGUGCCGCCAGUUCGGAGCUUUCCGUAGCAACUUCGCUGAUGGAUAGUCAAUCCUUCUCGUACGGUGGUAUGCCGUAUGCACAAACCUUCGUUCCACAACCUACUACAUCACCGCCGCCAUCCGCGGCACAAACCUCGCAACAUUUUAGCCACGUACCGCAUCAACAUCACCAUCUGCAUCAUUCACAUCUGGCGGCGGCCUCGCAGCAGCUUCAUCCUUACCACCAUCGGCAUCACCAGCAGCAACAUCACGCGCAUCAUCAUCACCCUCAUCAUCCACACGCUCAUCAACAUUCGCAACCGAUCAUGCACCAGUCGAUGGCGGUUAAUCAACCUGGAGCAAAUCUCUACUCGGCCGAAUAUCUUCCACCAUAUCAUUCGACGGCCCUACCAAGCACGCAACAAACGCACUACGAACUUGGCGGUGGGUACGAUAUGUGUUAUAGCAUGUCAGCCUCGACUGUGCUGAAUCCGAGCCUGAUGAACCCGCAGCCAACGUACAUAUUCGAUCAGUGA